AUGGUGCUUUCGUGGUGGCAAUGUGCCACCGUUGCCAUGGGUAUUGGUCGAGUAUCUGGUCUGGCAGUCUCAUAUCUCUCAAGAAAUGCUUCGAUGCCUAGCCCCUUGUCAUCAAGGCAAAGUAUUGAGGAUUUUGACCCUGAUGAUCUAUCAUACAUUCAAAAGCUUGCCGCGAUUGGUGACUCGUAUUCGGCGGGCAUCGGUGCGGGCAACAGGCUUGGUAGUGUCCUCAACGCGCUCGAUCCUCACAGUGGUGGCAACGAUGUACAGUUGCUGGAGAUCCUGAACCAGUGCAUUUUCCAAUGGGGUGUCCUUUCUGAGAGCCAGGUCUUGAUCGCGAAGGCUGCUGCCCUGGAGAAGCAAUUGGAUUGGGCCAUUGAUUACGACUGGGACAAACUUGCAUUGGGUUGUGAAGGGCAACUAGCCGAGAGUGGCCGACUUAUCGAUAGCGGCACCUUUGCCGGGAAUCUCGAUAAAGUCAUUGCGGCUGCGCAGAGCAAGUUGUCUCUGAAAUAUGCGGAGUUCUUCGCCACAGAUAUGUCACCCGAGUGUGACGACGUUACUUGGUCAACAUGGCUCAACGAGUUGUACAACAAGUUCACACUGGAGAAGGCAUAUCUUAGCCAAGGCCGGCGUCGGCAAAUGAAUAACCUAGUCGACAAAGUCAACAAGAAAUUGUUCGUUGAGGCCGAAGCGGUGGAGCGUGCCGGUAAUAGCGUUAAAUUCAUCGAUUAUGACAAGUACGUCGGUUACUACGGUGGCCGCUACUGUGAGACAGGAGUCGAUGAGUCUACCUCUGAAGCCAAGACCAGAACUGGUCUCAUGUUCUACGAGCUUAACACCUGGGACCCCCUCGGCUCAAGCCCUUGGAAGAGAAGCAACGAUGAUGCUCUGCAGGGAACGUUUGACGGAGAACAAGACAUCCUGGCCCAAGUCACACUCCUUCUUGAACCCGAUGCCGAGCUGGCUCACCAGAACCGAAUCGAGGGCGAUGUCUCGACCACGUCCAUUCCAGCGCCUGCCGACAACAACACUUUCACCACUGCCGCUUUGGACAUCCAAGUGCCUAGCUUUCUUCCUGACGGAUACGGCCGCGUCUUCCACCCUCAAAUUCUCCUACACGCCAUCAUUGCUGAGAGAAUAAUAUUUGAAAUGAUCAACACCAACAUUAAAAGCAGGGGAAGCCUUCCUCUCGUACCAGAAGUUGCGUCAUUCGGCACAUGUGAGCUCGACCAAUCUACUUCGACGACUCUUCGGUACAAGGGCACCGAGUCUGGCAAGGAGGUGAAGCCUGGCACAAAGCUGCGCAUCCUCGGCGUCGGAGACUCCAUAACUGUGGGAUUCCUGAGCGAUCGCAACGGCGGCGAUGGGAACGGUUACAGACAUCAACUUCGCGACGAUCUUUCCGGUAAACCAUCGAACUCUCAUCAGCCUUCUUUGCAAGAUUGGGUCACGCUGACAUUUACUGUUUGA